AUGAAUGACAUCGCUGACCAAACGAGCUCGUUCUCGCUACUGGCGGCUCUCAAAUUUGCACCAGCCAUCUUCCUUGCUUUGUGGGUUGUCUAUCAACGUUACUUCUCAGCAUUUGCUGGCAUACCGGGGCCAUACUGGGCCAGCCUCUCGCGAGGAUGGCUUGCGUACCACUCAUACAAAGGAGACCUCCAUGUGAUCAUGAUGCGCCUCCAUGAAAUCCACGGCAAGGUCGUUCGGAUUGCCCCUAGUGAAGUGAGUAUCUCGGAUCUCACGUCAAUCAAGACAAUUUACGGUGCUGGGUCGAAAUUUCGAAAGUCCGACUGGUACAGUGUCUGGCAAGGACGACGAAAAUUUGACCUGUUUCCUGAACGCGAUGAUGCAAUCCAUGCUGCCCAAAGACGACUGGUCAGCAGACCAUAUGCUAUGUCCACUUUGAAGGAGUUGGAGCCAUAUGUGGACAGCGCCAUCCAUGUUUUAUUCGAUAAGCUUAACGAGAUGGUGGGACAAACUGUGGAUAUGGGCAAUUGGGUCCAGCUCUAUGCCUUUGACGUAAUUGGCGAGGUUACAUUCUCCAAGCGUUUCGGCUUCAUGGACGUUGGGUCAGAUGACGGAUCUUUCAAGCAGAUUGAAAAUGCCUUGCAGUCGGCUGCUUGGAUUGGUCAAGUCCCUUGGCUCUACUGGCUUCAUGAUUACUUAUCCCCAGUUAUCGGUACAUGGCUUGGUAUCGCCUCUCGACACGGUAGCUUGAGGAAGUUCGCAGCACGCGAGGUGGCUGCUAGGCAGGACCGUGGAUCCGACCACCAGGACAUCCUUGGAAAGCUCCUCGCUGUGCACCAUGACAAACCUGACCAAUUUGACAACUCGGAUCUGGUCUCAAUGGCGACAUCGAACAUCUUCGCCGGCAGCGAUACGACAGCCAUUUCCAUCCGCGCGAUCAUCUACUAUAUGCUGAAGUAUCCCGAGGCCAAGAGAAAGCUCAUUGAAGAAGUCGAUACUCUUUGGCAACAAGGAAAGCUCAGUGACCCUGUUACCGUCGCUGAGUCUGAGAAAAUGCCGUAUCUCCAAGCUGCCAUGUACGAGGCAUUGAGGUUGCAUCCGGCUGUUGGCAUGACCCUGCCGCGUGUUGUUCCCAAAGGUGGAUAUGAGAUUGAUGGACGUUUCAUGCCGGCUGGGUCCGUUGUAGGGGUUAACCCGUGGGUGGUCCAUCGCAACACAACAGUCUAUGGCCAAGACGUACAUUCUUUCAGGCCUGAGCGGUGGCUGAAAGAGGAUAAUGGCGACCUGCGUAAGCUACGUGGUACCAUACCACCUUCGCUCGCUGACAUUACUGCAGAACUGGAUGGAGAUGGCAAAGGCAAGAUUCUUAUCCCAAACUCUUCAGAGCGUUCAUUGACCAAUCUUGUGCUGACCACAUUGCAGCUCAUCCCCACUCUACUUUUACAUUUUGACAUUGAAUUGGUCGACCCGAAUGCCUUGUUGGAGGAAAAGUGCCAGUAA